AUGCACAAACAUGAUUUCCUCCCAUCUGCACCUGGACUAGGAAUGUAUGUAAAUGUAAAAGCUCCGAAUGAUGAGGUAAGCAGGCUUUUAUUCUCUUUUCACUUAAAAUACAGCAAAGUAUUCAAAAUAAUAUAAUAAAUAAUACUGUAAACUAGUAUCCAAUAGCCACUCAAGCAAUAAUGUAACCAUUUAUGGACCAAUAUUCUAUACUCAAGUGUAAUGUCCAACACAUUUAACACCCGCAAGGCUGUAUAUCUCUCCAAAUGCAAAAUAAGCAGGGUAUUUCAUAUUAGCACAGGAUAUUUAGAGACCAUAUUGGGUUACUAAGGGGUUUUGUGACCAUUUGUAUUUAUGUAAAGUGCUAUACGUGAUUAACUCUAUUUUCUUUUUGUCUACAGACAUUGUUAUCAAAAUUGUACGGGCCUGAUGGAAAAUUUAUGUUUACCUCACACUCCCCUGGAGAGCACACUAUCUGUAUCCAGUCAAAUUCGACAAAUCUUAUAUCUUUUGGUUCAAACAAGCUGGUAGGUUAAUCACAUGUUGAACCAGCAAAUACACUUAUUGAAUUGCAUAUAAGCUGGCAAUUUGUGGUGCUAUAGGCUCUGCCAGCAUUAUGGGUGUUAGAGCAUUAUAGUCCACAUCUGUAGGUUGCCUACCCCUGAUAUAGCGCAUUCACUCCUCCCCAUCUCUGAAUGUAGGAGUGGUGUUAUCCAUUAGGAAUUUACUAUUAGGAAGGAGAGGAUGAGCUGACAUUUUUAGCACACUUGCAGAUACAUUUGUUCCUCUACAGCAAGCAUGUCAAACUCGCAUCCCACAUGCGGCCCACAAUGAAUAUUUUUGCAGCCCAGCAAGCCGCAAGUUUUCCAUGCUUACUAAAGCAGAGUAGGCACCUGUUCUCCCCACAUUGCAGAUGCCUAUUCUGCCAAAAUUACCCGGCCGGAGAGGAGUGGUCCCUGACGGCAGCGAGGGAGCUCAGUCUUUCUGCUCUUCACUGCUCCCUCACAUGCACCCUCUGUUGUGAUGCCGGGAUAUGACGUCAUUCUGGCACCCGGCAUCCCUAAACUGGGAGCAGGAAGACUGAGCUCCCGAGAGAAGAUCAGAGAAAGGCCCCACUCUAGCUUCCAAAGGUAGGGAGCAAUAAAUAAAAUGAUGCGAGUGUGUGCAAGAAUGUGUAAAUGUGUGUGUCUGUCAACGUGUGUGUCUUUCAGAGAGUGUGUGUCUGUCUGUCAGAGAAUGAGUGUGUGUCUGUCUGUCAGUGUGUGUUGGUCAGUGUUGCAAUGGCCGCGGCUGGACAGUGGAGGACCUGGAGGUGCACGGAGACACGCAACACCAUGUCACAUUCUGACUUAACGUCAAUGUGCUCCACUGUCACAGGUUUUCAAGGAGUAGCAGGAGGAUCCAUUUAGCACAGGAUGCAGACGGCUCCAUUGGGGGUAUACCAGAGGCUGGACUCUGGAGUAGCAUACUGGUAGCGGCAAUGUGAGUGGAGCCUGCUUGUUGGCUAAUAUUUUUUGUUUAGUAGAGGGGGGGGGUGCUGGGAUUUAGUAUAGAGGGGGGGACUGGGGUUUAGUAGAGGGGGGUGUUUUUUUUUAUACUGUACUUUUAAAAACAAACCCAUGUUUCUAUGAAAAUUUAAGGUUGUUUUUUGCGGCCCACAUAUACUUAAACCUUGUUUAUGUGGCCCGUGCUAGCCUUUGAGUUUGACAUGCUUGCUCUAUAGACUAGUAAUUAUUCAUGGAGUAUAAAUGUGGGUGAAUGAGACUUUCUGGGUUACAUUUUGUUUUUCAAAGUAUGUGAACAUAAAUAUGUUUAUACUCAAUUCUGGAACUGAAGGGGUUAAGAAAUAUAGAUUUACAAAUAGCAUGUCCAUGUGCUUCAAGGCAGGUGUAGUGCUGUAAACUCAUGUAGUCUCUGAGCAGAUUGGUACAAGUAGAGCAACUUACACUAUUUUGAAUGACAGACAUUCUAUCUUCAUUUAGCACAAACAUCACAUGGUAGCAACAGCACACCUUCUAUUGCAGCCUUCCACUAUUAAAUUAAAUAAUGUAGCAUUUAUAAUAGCUUACUUGUCAAAAUUCGUGGUACAGACAUAAAAUGUUUAGACCGAGAUUUCAUGGAAAAAUAUUCAAACACACAUCCAUUUAGAGGAAGACAAUUUCACACUCCAUUUUCCCAGGAGCUGUUAUCCUGACUAUGCUAAAGUGAAUGCAAUCAAGCUUCAGAAAUAUAAAACUGAACUAAUAUUGCAGAGACGUGCUGAAAAAGCACUACUGUCUUGCAUUAUUCUACUGCUGUGAUGGAGAGGCCAGUAAAGACUGUAUAGUAAUCACAUGCAAUAAAUAGAUUUACUUCAGAAUUAAACAGUUCACAUUGUCUGGAGUUGUUGUCCAUGUAUUUAAAGGGACACUAUAGGCACACAGACCACUUAAUCUCAUUGAAGUGGUCUGGAUGCAGAGUCCCUGUCCCCCUUAGUCCUGCAAUGUAAAUCAUUGCAGUUUUAUAGAAACUGCCAUGUUUACAUUGCAGUACUAAGACAGACACUAGAGUGGCUUCCAGGAUUUUACUGAACUUUAGUUUGCCUAACUGACACUGCAUCAGGACAUCCAUCGUCUGUUAAAAUCUUCAUAGGAAAGCAUUGGGAGGGCCCAAUGCGCUCACCAUGCAUUAGACCCCCUUCAGAUGAUGUUGGAGGAGGCAGAGGGACACGGUAAGAGUAACAAGGGUUUGUUUUUUUCCGGAAGGGGAGGGGGGGCAGAGGGAACUAUAGUGCUAAUACAGAUUUGCAUUCCUAGCACUAUAGUACUCCUUUAAUGCAAACAUUGACAGGAGAAAUUUUCUGGUAAAGUCAGCAUAGGUUCACAUUCUAGGUUUUUUUCUAACACCCAAGAAUAUUAUUGAUUCACCCUGGUCGAACCACAAUUUGAGCAUUUAUUUUUGCCACAUUCCAUUCCUAGUGGAGAAUGGACAAGAGACAAAUAUGAGGACAAAACAAAGAAACUGAAAAGUAUAUAUAAAAAAAUUCAAAUCACUACAAUUCUUGGUUUCUUGAGUAAAAAUAUAAGUUUGGCUCAUAUAUUUGUGCUUGGAUAUCAUAAUAAAAAAUAAUAAAUAUUUAUUUCACUGAAAGGCAAGUGCAGAUGUUUUUUAUUUUGCAUUUGAAAGACCUUCAGCCUUGAAGAAUUUUGAAUACGCUUUUCAAACUAUUUCAUAUUUUUGGAUAAACUGUUACACUGAAUUAAUAUUAUAAAAACUAUUGAAAUUUUUUGAUCUGUUGAUAGAUUUUUUUAGCUAUAUUAUCUUUUUUGAAAUUGUAAUAUUUUGAAAAUAUUUUAAAACGGUCUUCAAAAGGAUUAAAUUAAUUGAAAAGGUUAUCAAACAAUAUUAAAGCAAGGCCUUUUAUACACACACAUUACAAUGUAACACAAGGUCCUCCUAUUCUUGUAAAUGUAGAUUUGUAUUAGCUACGUGCUGCAGGAAAAUAUGACAAUAGACACCUCUGACAAUUACCUACCCUAGAAAAAUAAACAAAUGAUACCACGAUCCUCGAGUUCUGAGCAAAAAUCUAUAACACACGCCAUUUAAUAGAAACAUGUGACAUUGACAAGAUCUUUGUCAAGUGAAGGUCAAAAUGUUGCUGUAAGGUCACAGGUUUGCACACAUCUGGGGAAUUGCAGGACCAUUUCUUUCACAUCUGGAGUUGCAGCCAGAUUGGCGCAACACAGGUUUCUGUCCCCCUUGCUAUGAUGGAUAGUGGGUGCCUUAUAUUUUAUUAUGGGUGAAAUACGAAUUAGCAAAAACAAAUAAUUCAACUUAAAGGGACACUCCAGGCUUCAAUACAACUUUAAUGCAUUUGAUAGGUUUUGUAAUGUGCUGUAAUUGUUAUAGUUUUUGCAUUAAAUUAUUUUUAAAAAAAAAUUUAAAUACUGUUUUGCAGAAUGCUGCUCUAUAAGCCUGCCUCUUUAGCCACACCUCUCACAUCAGAAAAAUACUUCCUUAUAAAAAGUAUGCACACAGAUCAGCCACUGGCAGCACUAAGUUGUCUGAACUACAAAACAACUUGCAUUAGCAGGACAGGAUGCCUAGGGGGACAUAAAUUAAACCAUGAAUUAUAAGAAUCUCACUCAGUGCUGUUGAGACUCUGUGCAUACCUUUGAUAAGGCAUGCAAGGGUAUAGGAGGGUGCAGAAUUCUGCAAAACAUUUUUUAUUUUUUAUGAGCAAAAACUAUAAGAUGUUGAGCAUGCAAAAAAAAUUAAAAAAUACAGCACCAAAAUCUAUCAAAUGCAUUAAAGUUGUAUUGGUGCCCGAAGUGUCCCUUUAACUUGCACAUGAUGUGACAGAAAAAACAAACACUGAUAAAUCAAUAGUUCACAAUGUAUGAGUACAUUUCUAAAUCUUCAUACAAUUACCAUUUACAUUAAAUUAUACACUAUUUGAUGAUAAAACUACAAGGCUUAUAAAUGUACAAGAAUUGUGGAGAACUUAUUACUUAUGUUAGGGCAAAAUAGCUUUACUAGAAAACAAAAUUUUCCAACUAGACAGCUUUAGUGAAAAAUGUGUAAUCACUAGUCAGUUCUUCACGAAACCUAGUUUAUUGAAUACACCCAACCAGUCUUUACUAUGUGACAAAAUAAAAUUAGACUUUGUGAAUAUGACAAUUGUUAGUUUGAGAUGUAUGUACUAAGUAACCAAGAUUGAUUAUAGCUUUAUUUUCUUUUCAGCGUGUCCACUUUGACAUACAAGUAGGAGAGCAUCCUGUAGAUUAUGCAACCAUUGAUACCAAGGAUAAAGUAAAGCAAGUUACAAACGGUCUUGAGCAUCUCAUGGGGGAAGUCAAUCAUAUAAUUAAAGAACAAGAAUAUCAAAGAGUAAGUUUUCUCUAUACUGGUUAGGACAACUUAAAGGAACUGUAUGGGCACCAUAACAACUUCCUCGAAAUGAAGUUCUUACGGUGCCGAGAGGUCUCGGUUUCUUACCCGAAUCUUACAGGUAAGAUUCUUACGAUCAAAUAGCAGAAAUGGAAUAAAAGUGUGUUCAAGAAAGCACGGCUGCCAUAACAAGUGAAAAACAGGCAUUACACAUAUCCAGCUACUAAACAGGAUCAGGUCACUGACUAUUUAUUUAUACAUCACAAGGGCAGGAGUUGUGACAUGUCUAGCACAAACAAACAAAUCGGGCAAUGGCUAGAAACAAUUGUGCACACAAUAACUAUAAAACAAAAAGAAUGGAGCACGUUGUAAAAACUCAAAGUGGCACUGUCGCCUCCCCCCCCCCCCUUCACCUGAAAAAUUAGUAUUUCAUAAAGAUAGAAUCAUUAUGAAAUACUCAUUGGAACUGUGCUGGAAUUCCAAUGCAGUCAAGAGAUAUACUGAGACUACUUUGUAUCUGUAUAUUUCUUCGAAGCUACCACCAUCUAGAAGUGUCACUCACCUCAGCCGUGACCAUCAGUUAAGAAUUGGCCCUGUCUAUGGAGGAUCCAGCGGUCUCCUCCAUAGCCCGCAGUGACGUAGGCUCCUGGCACUUAAGUGGGACAGAUUUGGGUAAGUAGAACUCACCUUAAAGGACCACUAUAGUGCCAGGAAAACAUACUCGUUUUCCUGGCACUAUAGUGCCCUGAGGGUGCCCCCACCCUCAGGGACCCCCUCCCGCCCGGCUCUGGAAAGGGGUUUAAACUUACCUUUUUCCAGCGCUGGGUGGAGAGCUCUCCUCCUUCUCUCCUCCUCCGUUCCGCCCGUCGGCUGAAUGCGCACGCGCGGCAAGAGCUGCGCGCGCAUUCAACCGGUCACAUAGGAAAGCAUUCAUAAUGCUUUCCUAUGGACGCUGGCGUGCUCUCACUGUGAAAAUCACAGUGAGAAGCACGCAAGCGCCUCUAGUGCUGUCAAUGAGACAGCCGCUAGAGGAUUAGGGGGAAGGCUUAACCCAUUAAUAAACAUAGCAGUUUCUCUGAAACUGCUAUGUUUAUUAAAAAAUGGGUUAACCCUGGCUGGACCUGGCACCCAGACCACUUCAUUAAGCUGAAGUGGUCUGGGUGCCUAGAGUGGUCCUUUAACCUGCCCCCCAGCCACCAGCGAUGAUGUCAACAUUAGGGGUCUUUGCAAAUUCUGCAAAGUCCCCAGAUGCUGACAGUGCCGCUUUAAUGUCCGAGCUUAAAGGAUCACUAUAGGGUCAGGAACACAAACAUGUAUUCCUGACCCUAUAGUUUUAAAUCCACUCCCCUGGACCCCUCAUUCCUCCAUAAAUAUAGUAAAAAUCUUACUUGUAUUCAAGCCUGAAGCUGCUGGCUCUGCCCUGUCUGCCUCAGAAAAACAAGCUGUCUGCUGACAUCAUACGAAGUGGUAGCCUAAUCCAAUCACAAUGCUUCCCCAUAGGAUUGGCUUAGACUGACAAAGAGGCAGAUCAGGGGCACAGCCAGCAUGAUUCAAACACAGCCCUGGCCAAUCAGCAUCUCCUCAUAGAGAUGAAUUGAAUCAAUGUAUCUCUAUGAGGAAAGUUCAGUGUCUGCUUGCAGAGGGAGGAGACACUGAAUGUUUGGAUGCAUUUUAGGCAGCCAUGACCCAGGAAGGAUCUCUAACAGCCAUCUAAGGAGUGGCCAGUGAAGUUAUCACUAGGCUGUAAUGUAAACACUGAAUUUUCUCUGAAAAGACAGUAAUUACAGCAAAAAGCCUGAAGGUAAUGAUUCUACUCACCAGAACAAAUUCAAUAAGCUGUAGUUGUUCUGGUGACUAUAGUGUCCCUUUAAGAUGAAGGAAAAUUUGGCAAAGGAUGUAGCUUAAAAAAAAUACAAAAAAGAAAAGCCUUCUUCCUGGUUGCUUAGUCUGGCUGGGAAGAACUGUGAGUAGCCAUAAGAGAAAUAAACUAUGCAUGACAAAACAAAAUUGGAAAGACAAAGUACAUGCAAAUAUGCAAAAAUGAUAGAUACCUGUAUUAAAUCCCCUAAAACUGUCAGCAAUAAAAUUGUAACAGCUCUUGCUAAGUGGCUCUUGGAAUUUGCCCAGUCUCCAGUGGGCUUUACAAAAUUAAACAAACAUUUGCGAUCAGGAAUGAAUGCUCCAUAAUAACACUGGACCAACAAUGAAUCUAUGAAACAGACAAAGAUCCACACAUAUGAAUAUUCUUUUUUUUUUUUUUUACAAACAGUUAUAAAAAACAAUAUACUAUUAUAUUACAAAUGUUAAAUUUUAUAAAGAUUAAAGAAAUUAUACAAGUGCAUUGACUUGAUACAUGCAGAAAAUGUUUCCUUGCUUGGAACACAAUAUUUAUGAUUAACAUAUGGUAAUAAAGAUAUAUUACAGCCCUGUGCGUAUGGUAAUUCACACAUACAAUAAUAAUGCCUUGAUCUCCAAGACAAAAUAUUGCAAUUAAUAGAGUUGUAUUUUUAUUAUCACACAGCUACGAGAGGAACACUACAGGCAAAAGAGUGAAGACACUAACAGCAAUGUGUUGUGGUGGGCGAUUGCACAGACUGUGAUCCUAACUUCUGUUGGAAUCUGGCAAAUCAAACGCUUUAAAGAUUUCCUCAUUGCAAAAAAAGUUGUUUAA